CACUUUUAGUGAUGGAGCUUCCUAAUAAAAUAUUGUUACUACUACUAAUUUGAAACAGAAACUCGUGGUCGAUAAAUAGCUAGGCAUGUUCUAAUGAGACAGCUGCAGCGAUAUCUCAUAACCAUGGCCAGCACUUAAACUAAGGUGGCUCAGUUGAAAAUGGUGUCUUUUCAAGCGCCAAAACCUCUCGAUCACCUCCUUGUUGAACCUAAUAUACUGUCGAGUUGUUAUUAAUAUAAGUCGUCGCAGUACCCCAAACUUGGGUAGCGUGUCUCCAUAGCCAUCUCAACUCUUACAACUAUCCUUAUAGCCAAACAAGGCCACAACAACAUCAGACUGCCCGUUCGUUCUGUGCUGUUCUAGUCGGCUUCCGGCCUUUCACCCCCUUCCGCCCAUCCAAAUAAUACUUCCGGUGCGAGGCCGGGAAUGCACCGUUAUCGGCUUUUUAAAGACAUUUAUAUGCACUACGAAACACACGCUUCCUGUUACUAAAAAGUCGGGGACUGCGGCUGAUACGACUGCCGUACUCGCAGUAGACUGAAACACCGAAAUGCUAAAAAAGGAAUUAUUACCGCGAUAACGAAAUUUCAGUCCGUCUCCGCUAUAAAUUUGCAUUCGAAGUACUGAAGUUUAACGAAAGGACUUCGUUUUGAUCUGUGUAGGAAAGUGAUGGGCUAUCAACUAGCAGAAGCUGACAGAGACAAGACUGAUCCCAAACACUUAUGCACCAAGUGCAACAGUGUGUUAAAGGAACCAGUUCAGACAACGUGUGGGCAUCGCUAUUGCAAAGAGUGUAUCAACUCUAUUCUAAGUCAGAAACCAUCAGAGAGUGAAUGCGUUGCUGAUGGAACCAUCCUCACGAAAGAAGAAGUUUUCCCGGAUAAAUUUGUUGAACGUGAGAUCCUUUUACUGGAACUUCAUUGUUCUCGUCUUGAUAAAGGCUGCCAAUGGAAAGGAAAGUUAAAGCAUCGUCAGGACCACGAGAAUGUCUGUGAAUUUGGAGAAAUCCAUUGCGUUCAUCCCAAAUGUGGAAUUUUGGUGCAAAGAUCCGAGCUGGCUAAUCAUCUUGAAAACAGCUGCAGCUACAGGGAAGAGUUGUGCACUUACUGUGAAAAAAGGAUCGUGUUCGUUGAUAUGACGGCUCAUCACCAGACUGAUUGCCCUCAAUUUCCAGAGCGCUGUCCGGAAUGUGGGAAACAAGAUAUUCCCCGGAGUCAGAUAUCUACUCACUUGGAUCCAGCUGUAGGUGAUUGUGAAGAAAUCAAAACAUUGUGUCCAUUUAAGACAGUUGGAUGUAAAGAAACUAAGGCGAUGGCUCUAGAUGAAAGAGUGAAUCACCUUAAGGAGUGCACGCCAGAACACUUGACUUGUAUACUGCAACACGUAAAAGAGCUAUCCUUGCUCGUUAACAACACCUUGCAUCUUACGUCACUAAACAAAACUAAUGGCUCAGUUAAUCCAAUAGAAAAGCAACUCGAGCAGUCGAUGAAGCAAAUUGGAGCGGUUUUGGUGGAAANAUUUCCCUGUUUUAUAUUUAAACGCUCCCUGUGCAAAACACUUGUCUAUUUUCAGCCGAAAGUGAUGGGCUAUCAACUAGCAGAAGCUGACAGAGACAAGACUGAUCCCAAACACUUAUGCACCAAGUGCAACAGUGUGUUAAAGGAACCAGUUCAGACAACGUGUGGGCAUCGCUAUUGCAAAGAGUGUAUCAACUCUAUUCUAAGGCCCUGUUUUGUCACGUGCUCAGAAAUGGCGUAUGCCAAAGUGUUUAAAAGUGCCAUCAACCGGACAUUUGCCUCUGUUGGCAGUGUCUCCUUUGGGAGAGCGUGA